CGAGUUCAUUUCUGUUGGGUUGCGUGACGAAUCGAGGAGGCGAGAUCGGGAGGGCGUACGCAAAUCUGUGCGUGUGUCAAGUCUCACGACUUGACAUCGGACUUGUCGUGAGACGAGUCUUAUUUCUCGGGGAAAAUGGCGGCGCUGACGAAGACAAUUUUGAUUCUGAGUGUGGUCGUGCUUGUGAGCAGCAUUGUUGUUGUCGCACAGACCUCUGGCGGCGGUGGAGGCAGCACUGGUGGCACGGGCGGCUCCGGGGGUGGCACCAGCACCGGCGGGAGCAGCACUGGCGGGAGCAGCAGCGGCAGCGACGACAGCAGUGGCAAAAGCGACCCAGGAUCUGGAUCUGAUUCUGGGAGCGAUGAUGAUAAGGAUGACGACGGCGAUUGUGAGUCUUGGGACUUCUCGAACGUGGACAUGGGGACUAUGUGGAGCUCAUGCCACAAGUCCCUUGAGGACUGGAGCAUCAGCAAAGAGUGCUGCGACCAGCUCGUCAACGUGGAAAAGGAUGUUCACAAAUGCUUCUGCUCUCUUGUGGAAUCUUGGUGGGGCGACUGGGAUAACUGGAGCUGGUCAACUAUCAAUACCGGCUGCAGCGGGCUGCAGACAUCUUGCGAGGACAAGGACGGAUCCGGAGGGAAGAACUGAUAUGCGGCAGGUCAUUCAUCUGAGGCCCUUAGCGCCAAAUGAACCUCAAGUUGAGGUCAAGUCUUUCGUCGGAGUCUCAGACCCUGCUGUAGACAGUAAUAAAGUACUUCAUACGGUCCACGAGGACUUUCAUGGUCGUAGACAGAAGUACAUCUGCGAGAUGUGGUAGGAAGGCUUUGAUAGCUUCCACUGUUGAGAGCCAAGAAGAUUUCUUGAUGGAUACGUAGGAAUACCUGGACUUAAAAGCAAAUAUUCUUUGCGAACAUCAUGGUGAUAUAAAGACUUUCUUUUAUUACGAUAAAACACGCGACUUCCUU